AUGGCUUUCCCACCACCUCCCGUUAACACUAUCGACUGGAGCGACAUUGGCUUCAAAUUCCGUGAAGUAAAUGGCCACAUCGAGUCUCAUUACUCAGUAAAAACCGGCAAAUGGACACCUCCAAAAUUCAUCACCGACCCUUACCUCCGUCUCCAUGGCAUGUCUCCCGCCUUAAACUACGGCCAACAAGCAUACGAAGGUAUGAAAGCCUUUCGCAGUCCUGGUGACUCCUCCAUAACCAUAUUCCGCCCUAACAAAAACGCUGCUCGUCUCGCCCACUCCGCCGAAUUCAUUUCUAUUCCUCCUGUUCCUGAGAAUGUUUUCAUGGACUGUGUACAUGCCGCAGUAUCUCUAAAUGCGGAAUACGUACCGCCUCAUGAAACAGGCGCUGCUAUGUAUAUCCGUCCUUUGAUUUUUGGAUCCAGUGCUCAGUUAGGAUUGAAUCCCCCAGAGGAAUAUACCUUCUGCGUUUACGUCCUCCCAGUUGGUGUCUACCAUGGUGUACACCCAGUUAAGUGUUUGAUUCUUGAAGAAUUCGAUCGCUCUGCACCACAUGGAACUGGAAGUGCGAAAGUGGGUGGAAAUUAUGCACCCGUACUGAGAUGGAGUGAUAAAGCAAGGAAUGAAGGAUAUGGUAUUACAUUACAUUUGGAUAGUCAAACACGCAGUGAAAUCGACGAAUUUUCUACCAGUGGAUUUAUUGGUGCGAAGAAGGAUGGAGAUAAUAUUACAUUGGUUGUACCGGAUAGCAAGAACGUUAUUGCCAGUGUAACAUCUGAUAGUAUUUUGGAAAUUGGAAAGAGUCUUGGAUGGAAAACAGAAGUUCGCUCGAUUAAAUACGAAGAACUGCCCAACUUCACCGAAGUAAUGGCUGCCGGAACCGCCGCCGCCCUCGUCCCAAUCCGUUCCAUAACUCGUAACUCCGACUCCAAAACCACAGAAUAUAUCCCCUCAUCCUCCGAAGACCCAGGCGCUAUCUGUCAAAAACUUCUCACCACCCUCAAGGGAAUUCAAUCCGGAAAAAUUAAGGAUACUUUUGGCUGGAACAAGACGGUCGAGAAAUUGGAUGUUAAAGAUUUUACCAGUGGCGAAACAAAUGGUACAAAUGGUUUGAGUGGAAAUAUUGAUAAAUUGCCUUGA